AAUAAAGUACGAAUGGUUACAUUUGGUCAGAGCGAGGGGAAGGAGGGCAAAGGUUAACUCUAGGGUGAUUCUAGAUUUGGAGUUUUGGUUUUUUUUUUUUUUUCUAAUUUUCAGGUUUUUUAAAUUUUCUACUUGUUCUUCCCCAUUUGCAUUUUGAGCGAGGGAGGGAGAGAGAGGAGGAAGAAGAGGCCAUGGAUUUGCUUCCUGCAGAGGUCCCGCAGAUCGCACAGAGGCACGGUUUCAGGUCUCUGAAGCUGGUUAAUAUCAACUUGGAGGAAGGACUUGAAGAACGACCGGUUGGUGUGGACUACGGUAGGCUUGACAAUGGCCUCUAUUACUAUGUACGAUGCAAUUCUAAGCCCCGAAUGCGAGCCGCUCUCGCGCUUGCAGUAAAGGUCGGCUCAGUUUUGGAAGAGGAGGAUGAGCGUGGAGUUGCUCACAUAGUCGAGCAUCUUGCUUUCAGUGCCACUAAGAAAUACUCCAAUCAUGAUAUUGUUAAGUUUCUAGAAAGCAUUGGCGCAGAGUUUGGUGCUUGUCAAAAUGCCUCAACAUCAGCUGAUGAAACGAUAUAUGAGUUGCUUGUUCCUGUUGAUAAGCCUGACCUUUUAUCCCAGGCCAUAUCUAUUUUGGCAGAAUUUAGCUCUGAGAUUCGAGUAUUAGCAAAUGAUUUGGACAAAGAAAGAGGAGCUGUUUUGGAAGAAUACAGGAUGAGCCGUAAUGCCAAUGGACGUAUGCAGGAUGCACACUGGGUUCUAAUGAUGGAAGGAUCAAAGUAUGCUGAGCGUCUACCCAUUGGAUUAGAAAAGGUGAUUCGGACCGUUUCUCCUGAAACUGUAAAGCGAUUUUAUCAGAAGUGGUACCAUUUACAAAAUAUGGCAGUGGUUGCUGUUGGGGAUUUUUCAGAUACACAGAGUGUUGUUGAAAUGAUAAGGACUCAUUUUGGACAAAAAGUUUCAAUGCCCAGCCCUCCUCCACUUAUACCAUAUUUCCCUGUUCCAUCACACAAUGAACCGCGGUUUUCAUGCUUUGUUGAAUCUGAAGCUGCUGGGUCUGCAGUGAUGAUCAGUUGUAAGAUGCCAGUGGGUGAACUAAAGACAGUUAAAGAUUAUAAAGACUCACUAGCAGAAGCAAUGUUCCAUUGUGCCCUAAAUCAGAGAUUCUUUAAAAUAUCUCGUAGAAAGGACCCUCCAUUCUUCUCAUGCUAUUCUGCAGCAGAUGUUCUAGUUCGUCCUAUGAAGGCUUACGUAAUAACUUCAACAUGCAAACAGAAGGGGACUGUGGAAGCCAUGGAAUCGAUGCUCAUGGAGGUUGCAAGAGUUCGUCUCCAAGGGUUUUCAGAGCGUGAGAUAUCAAUUGUCCGAGCAUUAAUGAUGUCAGAGAUUGAAUCUGCUUAUUUGGAGCGAGACCAAAGGCCAUCUACAAGUCUCCGAGAUGAAUAUUUACAGCACUUUUUCCACAACGAACCUGUCGUUGGAAUAGAGUAUGAGGCACAACUUCAAAAAACGAUUUUACCUCAAAUAUCAGCAGAGGAGGUGUCUAGGUACUCUGAGAACUUCCGUACAUCAUGCAGUUGUGUGAUCAAAACAGUUGAACCUCGAGCUACUGCAACAGUUGAUAAUCUAAAAGCUGCUGUGCAGAAGAUCAAUUUUCUUGAGGAAGAAAGGAGCAUUUCUCCUUGGGAUGACGAGCACAUCCCAGAAGAAAUUGUCAAUACAAAGCCAAUUCCAGGGGACAUUAUACAGCAACGUGAAUAUCCAGAUAUUGAUGUAACCGAGUUACUUCUUUCAAAUGGAAUGAAAAUAUGCUACAAGUGCACAGACUUCCUUGAUGAUCAGGUUCUCUUCACGGGGUUCACAUAUGGAGGCCUGUCUGAGCUCUCAGAAAGUCGGUAUUUCUCAUGCUCAAUGGGCUCAACCAUUGCUGGAGAGAUUGGUGUUUUUGGAUAUAAACCAUCUGUGCUCAUGGAUAUGCUUGCUGGUAAGAGAGCUGAAGUUGGAACCAAGAUUGGAGCAUACAUGAGAACCUUUUCCGGUGACUGCUCACCUUCUGACCUAGAAACUGCCUUGCAGCUAGUAUAUCAACUUUUCACUACUAAUGUAGUACCUGGAGAAGAAGAAGUCAAAAUAGUGAUGCAAAUGGCCGAAGAAGCAAUUCGUGCUCAAGAGAGGGAUCCAUACACAGCAUUUGCAAACCGUGUUCGGGAAGUUAACUAUGGAAAUUCAUAUUUCUUCAGGCCAAUUAGAAUUAGUGACUUACAAAAAGUUGACCCCAUAAGAGCUUGUGAAUAUUUCAAUAAUUGCUUCAAGGAUCCGUCAACAUUUACUGUUGUAAUUGUUGGGAAUCUUAAUCCUGAUGUGGCACGCCCUUUAAUUUUGCAGUACUUGGGUGGAAUACCCAAACCUCCUCAACCAGUCUUGCAUUUCAACCGUGAUGAUUUGAAAGGCCUGCCUUUUACUUUCCCUGGAACCAUAAUCAGAGAGGUAGUUCGUAGCCCCAUGGUAGAAGCACAGUGCUCUGUACAGCUCUCCUUUCCUGUGGAACUGAAGAAUGAAAAUAUGAUGGAAGAAAUUCACUUUGUUGGGUUUCUGAGCAAGCUUCUUGAAACGAAAAUUAUGCAGGUUUUGCGUUUCAAGCAUGGCCAGAUAUACUCAGCAGGUGUUACUGUAUUCCUUGGUGGUAAUAAACCUUCAAAGACUGAGGAUGUUCGUGGGGACAUAAGCAUAAAUUUUUCGUGUGAUCCAGAUAUAUCACGGAUGCUGGUUGAUCUUGCAUUGGAUGAAAUAUUUUGUCUUCAGGAGGAAGGACCUUCAGAACAAGAUGUUUUGACCAUUCUUGAAAUUGAGCAGCGAGCACAUGAAAAUGGGCUGCAGGAAAACUACUAUUGGUUGGAUCGGAUUCUACGUUGCUACCAGUCAAGGGCAUAUUCUGGUGAUGUCAGCGCUUCUUUUGAGGUCCAAGAUCAGGGCCGCACUAAAGUUAGGAAAUCUUUGGAACCAUCGACUGCACAGUUGGCAUUACAGAGAAUACUCCCAUAUCCAUGCAGAAAACAGUACAGUGUAGUCAUUCUUAUGCCUCAGAUAUCUUGCUUGAAGUUACUCAAAUCAUACUUCCAAUCUACACAAAAAAGAUAUUCUAAAGAUGCAAAGAUUUUAUCCGGAAUUGCAGCUGUGGUAAUUUUGACCUUCAGUUUGUGGCGAUAUUCUAGGAGUUCCUUGAAAUCUUAGGAGGGACUGUUGUAGCAGAGGCCAUGUACUACGUGACAUAGAAAAUCACCAACAAAAAAGAGGUUAUCCCUAAUUGUGAAGAAAAAUAGGCGCAUACAGACCCCCAGGGAUCCAAGUUCUUCAAUGAUUUCUUGGUGGGUUCAGAGAUUAUUAUUAGCUCACUGGAGAACUAGAAAUGUUAUCUACAAUCAAAUACGUGCUUGUUCAAGGCUUGGUAUCUGAAUGUAUAAUCAUCGAUCCCAUGCUUUCUUUAGAAAAGAACAUAUGAUCAUUGUUCUUGUGUCAUUUUUGUAUCACAUUUUCUUUUUCAAUUUAUAAGUAGUGCAUCUUUUUUCU